AUGCUGCCAGUGUACGCGGAGGUGAAGCCCAACCCGCUGCAGAACGCGAACCUCUGCUCGCGCGUGUUCUUCUGGUGGCUGAACCCCUUGUUUAAAAUUGGUCACAAACGGAGAUUAGAAGAAGAUGAUAUGUAUUCGGUGCUUCCAGAAGAUCGCUCGAGGCAUCUGGGAGAAGAGUUGCAAGGGUACUGGGAUAAAGAAGUUUCAAGAGCCGAGAAAGACGCUCGGAAGCCUUCUUUAACAAAAGCAAUCAUAAAGUGUUACUGGAAAUCCUACUUAGUUUUGGGAAUUUUUACGCUCAUUGAGGAAGGCACCAAAGUAGUCCAGCCCAUAUUUUUGGGGAAAAUUAUUAAUUAUUUUGAAAACCAUGACCCCACUAAUUCUGUGGCUUUGCAUGAAGCCUACAUGUAUGCCACGGUGCUGACCAUCUGCACUCUCAUCUUGGCCAUAUUGCACCAUUUAUACUUCUAUCAUGUUCAGUGCGCGGGCAUGAGGCUACGCGUCGCCAUGUGCCAUAUGAUUUAUCGGAAGGCGCUUCGCCUCAGUAACGUGGCCAUGGGGAAGACCACCACCGGCCAGAUCGUCAAUCUGCUGUCCAAUGACGUGAACAAGUUUGACCAGGUGACCAUAUUCUUGCACUUUCUGUGGGCAGGACCACUGCAGGCGAUCGCAGUGACUGCCUUGCUCUGGAUGGAAAUAGGAAUAUCCUGUCUUGCUGGGAUCGCAGUUCUGAUUAUCCUUCUGCCCUUGCAAAGCUGCCUCGGGAAGCUGUUUUCAUCGUUCCGGAGUAAGACCGCAACCUUCACAGACGUCAGGAUCAGGACCAUGAAUGAAGUUAUAACUGGCAUAAGAAUAAUAAAAAUGUAUGCUUGGGAAAAGUCAUUUGCAGACCUUAUCACCUACUUGAGAAGGAAGGAAAUUUCCAAGAUUCUGAGCAGUUCCUACCUCAGAGGAAUGAAUUUGGCAUCGUUUUUCGUUGCAAGCAAAAUCAUCAUUUUUGUGACUUUCACCACCUAUGUGCUUCUUGGCAACGUGAUCACAGCCAGCCAUGUGUUUGUGGCGGUGUCUCUGUAUGGGGCUGUGCGGUUGACCGUCACCCUCUUCUUCCCCGCGGCCAUUGAGAAGGUGUCUGAGGCGGUCAUCAGCAUCCAAAGAAUCAAGAACUUUCUGUUACUUGAUGAGAUCGCACAGCGCACCCCUCGGCUGCCAUCAGAUGGUAAAAUGAUAGUGCAUGUGCAAGACUUCACUGCCUUUUGGGAUAAGGCAUCAGAAACGCCAACCCUACAAGGCCUUUCCUUUACUGUGAGACCCGGGGAAUUGUUAGCUGUGAUCGGACCUGUGGGAGCAGGAAAGUCGUCACUGUUAAGUGCUGUUCUUGGGGAGCUGCCCCGGAGCCAGGGGCUGGUCAGCGUGCAUGGAAGGAUCGCCUACGUUUCUCAGCAGCCCUGGGUGUUUUCGGGAACUGUGAGAAGUAACAUUUUAUUUGGGAAGAAAUACGAAAAGGAACGAUACGAGAAAGUAAUAAAGGCUUGUGCUUUGAAAAAGGAUUUGCAGCUUUUGGAGGAUGGAGAUUUAACCGUGAUAGGCGAUCGGGGAGCCACGCUGAGCGGAGGACAGAAGGCCCGGGUCAACCUUGCAAGAGCAGUGUAUCAGGAUGCAGACAUCUACCUCCUGGACGACCCUCUCAGCGCAGUGGAUGCAGAAGUUGGCAGGCACUUGUUUGAACUGUGUAUUUGUCAAACCUUGCAUGAGAAGAUCACAAUCUUAGUGACUCAUCAGUUGCAGUACCUAAAAGCUGCAAGUCAGAUUCUGAUAUUGAAAGAUGGCAAAAUGGUGCAGAAGGGGACUUACACGGAGUUUCUGAAGUCCGGGGUAGAUUUUGGCUCCCUUUUAAAGAAGGAAAACGAGGAGGCUGACGAGAGUCCAGCUCCAGGAUCUCCCGCUUUGAGGAUUCGGAGCUUCUCAGAGUCUUCUGUUUGGUCCCAGCAAUCGUCCAGACCCUCGCUGAAAGAUGGCGCGCCGGAGGUGCAAGCCAACGAGAGUACACAGGUUGCUGUGUCAGAGGAGAGUCGUUCAGAAGGAAAAGUUGGUCUUAAGGCCUACAAGAAUUACCUAAUAGCCGGUGCUCACUGGUUGGCCAUCGUGUUCCUCAUUCUACUAAACAUCAUAGCGCAGGUUGCCUACAUUCUUCAGGACUGGUGGCUCUCCUAUUGGGCAAAUGAACAAAGUGCCCUGAAUGUCACGGUAAAUGGAAAAGAAAAUGUCACUGAGAAGCUUGAUCUUGCCUGGUACUUAGGAAUUUAUUCAGGUUUAACUGUGGCUACUGUCCUUUUUGGCACAGCGAGAUCUCUGUUUGUAUUCUACGUCCUCGUUCAUUCUUCACAAACUUUGCACAACAAGAUGUUCGAGUCCAUUCUGAGAGCUCCAGUGUUGUUCUUUGAUAGAAACCCAAUAGGAAGAAUUUUAAAUCGUUUCUCCAAAGACAUUGGGCACAUGGAUGACUUGCUACCCCUGACGUUUCUAGAUUUCUUCCAGACGUUUCUACAAGUUCUUGGUGUGGUGGGCGUGGCGGUGGCGGUGAUCCCGUGGAUUGCGAUACCUCUGAUUCCCCUUGGCAUCCUUUUCUUUGUUCUUCGGCGAUAUUUCUUAGAAACGUCGAGAGAUGUCAAACGCCUGGAAUCUACAACGCGGAGUCCGGUGUUCUCCCACUUGUCGUGCUCUCUCCAGGGACUCUGGACCAUCCGGGCAUAUAAAACUGAAGAGAGGUUCCAGGAACUGUUUGACGCUCAUCAGGAUUUGCAUUCAGAGGCAUGGUUCUUGUUCCUGACAACGUCCCGAUGGUUCGCCGUGCGUCUGGAUGCCAUCUGCGCCAUCUUGGUCAUUGUUGUUGCCUUUGGGUCCCUGAUUCUGGCAACAAGUGUUGAUGCUGGGCAGGUUGGCCUGGCCUUGUCCUACGCCCUCACACUCAUGGGGAUGUUCCAGUGGUGUGUCAGGCAAAGCGCCGAAGUGGAGAAUAUGAUGAUUUCAGUGGAAAGGGUGAUGGAGUAUACAGACCUUGAGAAAGAAGCCCCUUGGGAAUACCAGAAGCGCCCUCCGCCGAGCUGGCCCCAAGAAGGCACGAUUGUCUUUGAUAAUGUUAACUUCUCGUACAGUUUAGACGGGCCUCUGGUUUUGAAGCACCUGACAGCACUCAUUAAAUCAAGGGAAAAGGUUGGCAUUGUGGGAAGAACAGGAGCUGGAAAAAGUUCCCUCAUCUCAGCGCUUUUUAGAUUGUCAGAACCGGAAGGUAAAAUUUGGAUUGAUAAGAUCUUGACAACUGAAAUUGGGCUUCACGAUCUAAGGAAGAAAAUGUCCAUCAUACCUCAGGAACCUGUUUUAUUCACUGGAACAAUGAGGAAAAAUCUGGAUCCCUUUAAUGAGCAUACGGAUGAGGAACUGUGGAAUGCCAUAACAGAGGUACAGCUUAAAGAAGCCAUUGAAGAUCUUCCUGGCAAAUUGGACACCGAGUUAGCUGAAUCAGGAUCGAACUUCAGUGUUGGACAGAGACAGUUGGUGUGCCUCGCCAGGGCCAUCCUCAGGAAAAACCGGAUAUUGAUCAUUGAUGAAGCGACAGCAAAUGUGGAUCCAAGAACUGAUGAAGUAAUACAAAAAAAAAUCCGUGAGAAAUUUGCCCAGUGCACCGUGCUAACCAUCGCACACAGGUUGAACACCAUUAUUGACAGUGACAAGAUCAUGGUUUUGGAUUCAGGAAGACUGAAAGAAUAUGAUGAACCCUAUGUUUUGCUGCAGAACGAAGAGAGCCUGUUUUACAAGAUGGUGCAGCAACUGGGCAAGGCAGAAGCUGCUGCCCUCACCGAAACAGCAAAACAGAUAUACUUCAAAAGGAAUUAUCCAGAUAUUACUCACAGUGAGCAUGUGGUUAUGAAUGCUUCCAACGGACAGCCCUCAGCCUUUACUAUUUUUGAGACAGCGCUGUGA